CAUGUUUCUUUCCUGAAAAAUUAUGAAAACCUAAUUUGUUCCAUUUUUUGAGCUCAAGUUUUGCUCCUUUGGGAGACGGAGAACUUUACAAGGGUGUGAUUUGGUGCGAAAAACAGUGUAAGGGUUUCCGGAGGAGCAGCAGUUGCAAUGGCGGUGAUUACAGAAGUAAAAGGGAAGGGCAAGGGAAAGGGAAAAGGCAAGGGCAAAACUCGCUCAAGGAAAGACGAGGCCUUGGAUUUCGUUAAGGAGUGGACUACUUUUGCAAUGAAGAAAGCCAAGGUCGGCGCCCACUAUGGUUUCAUCCCAUUGAUUAUCAUUAUUGGCAUGAAUUCCGAUCCUAAACCUUCUCUUUCUCAGCUUCUCAGUCCUCUCUAGGGUUUAUCUUUGUUUUACUCGGCCACUGAAUUAUAAACUGUUUUUAUUCUAAGUUUAAAUAUACAUUUUUUGGAACUGAGAAAUCGCAUUCUAAUGGAGUGUUAUGUUUUGGAA